AUGAGAUCCAAAAUGACUAAUAUAUAUGAUAAAGAAGGGAAAGGUUUAUCCAAAAUUCAAUUAUUAGCAAAAGCAAGAGCUGAAAAAAAAGCUGCAGCUUUAGAAAAUUCAAAACAAAAUGAUGAAAAUAAAACUUCAUCAAUUUCAAUUUUAGAUAAAUUAAAAGGUCAACAAUCUCGUUCACAAAAUAGACCCCCGUUAUCUUCAAGAUCUAGUUCAAGCUCAUCAUCACAAUCAAGCUCCAUUAGAUCUUCAAAAUUAUCUUCAUUAGCUUCAACAAGAUCAAAAUUAGGUAAUAGACCAAUCCCAAGUCUACGACAAUCUAAACCUUCAUCGAAAAUAGAUUUAUCAAAACCUAUAAUACCUAAAGAAGAUAUCAGGAUUGAACCAAAAAUCAAAGAACCAAAAACCAAAGAACCAGAAAAACCAUCAUUUGUUUUAUUAGAUGUAAAAUUUGAUAAAUCACCAUUUAAUUCAAUUUCAAAUAAUAAUAUUUCAUCAUUUAUACCCAAAUUUUCAACUUCUUCAUUUGAUCAACAACCAAUUCAACAACAAACUUAUAAAAGAAAAUUAGAAGAAUAUCAUUUAACUUCUAUUUAUUCACCUUUUGCUAAUGAAUCUAUAGCUAAAAAAAUUAAAACAAAUUUUUCUCAACCAAGUCCUGAUGACGUUAUACUAAAUGCUCAAAAACAAGCAUUUGAAGAAAAUUCAAUUGCAAAAUCUAAAAAACAAGAAGAAUUACAAUUAUCAAAAGAUGUAUCAAAUUUAAAAAUUACUCCAAAACAAUCAACAAAACCAAAAUUUAAAAUUGAUUUAAAUCAAGAAUUAUUGAAAAGACAAGAAAAACCUCAUACAAGUUUUGUUGUUAUUGGUCAUGUUGAUGCAGGUAAAUCUACAUUAACUGGUCGUUUAUUAUUAGAAAAUAACGUUGUUGACAAGAAUACUUAUACAAAAUUGAAAAGAGAAGCUGAAAAAGCUGGGAAAGGUUCAUUCCAUUUAGCUUGGGUUAUGGAUCAAACAGAGGAAGAACGUAAUCGUGGUGUUACUGUGGAUAUUUGUACAUCUGAAUUUGAAACACCAAAUGCAAGUUUUACAAUUGUUGAUGCUCCAGGUCAUAAAGAUUUUGUUCCAAAUAUGAUUACUGGUGUUUCACAAGCUGAUAUUGCAGUAUUAGUUAUUGAUUCUUCAACUGAUGCAUUCGAAUCAGGUUUUAAUUUAGAUGGUCAAACUAAAGAACAUACUAUAUUGGCAAGAAGUUUAGGUAUAAAUAAAAUCAUUGUUGCUGUUAAUAAAAUGGAUAAUAAUGAUUGGUCACAAGAUCGUUUUGAAGAAAUUAGAGAUCAAUUAACUGAAUUUUUAAAAAUUACUGGGUUCCAACAAGAUCAAAUUCAAUUUAUUCCAUGUUCUGGUCUUAGUGGUGUAAAUAUUUCUCAAAAACCAUCAACUGAAGAUGAAUUACGUAAAUUAAAAUGGUAUAAUGGAGAUUCUUUAUUAAGUGCUUUGGAAAAUUCUGAAAAAUUUUCAAGAGAUUUUAAUAAACCAUUUGUUAUGAGUAUAUCUGAUAUUUCAUCAAAUUAUGAAUUUUCAGGUAGAAUUGAUACUGGUACAAUUCAACCUGGUGAAACUGUCUUAUUUGCUCCAUCAAAUCAAGCAGGUAUAGUUGAUUCUAUAGUUAUUGGUAAUAAUAAUAAUAAUUAUAGUAACAAUAAAACUAAUGUGGCAAUUGCAGGUGAUCAAGUUACAUUGAAAAUUAAAGAUGUUCAAAUUGAAGAAAUACAAAUUGGUGAUGUUAUAUCAAUAGUUACAAAUGAAAUAUCUUCAUUAUCAAAAUUUGAAAGUAGAUUAGUUUUAUUUGAUUUGAAAAGACCAUUAUUAUUAGGUACACAAUUUGUUUUAUUUAGAGGUAAUGUUCAACAACCUGCCAAAAUUACCAAGAUUAUAUCAUUAUUAGAUAAAACUACUGGUAAAAUUACUAAAAAAAACCAAAACAUUUAA